AUGGAUGACAAUAGCGUUCCGCUCAAAAUUCAGACCCUGAAGUUGAAGCGAAUUAAAGAACUAAACCGGAAACUAAAGGAGGAACUCGCAAGAGACAGAAUUACGGCUUCCAACGCAUGCCUAUCGAUUAUAGACUACGCUACGUCCCACAAGGACUAUGCAAUCCCUGAGAUCUGGGGGUACCCGAUGGCAGGCUCGAAUCCUCAUCGCAUGAAUACUUCUAAUUUACGUAGACGUUCACAACGUGCGUCAGGAUCCGGCGACAGCACAUGUUGUGUGGUGAUGUAG